UUGCCACCUCGGACGCGACUGAAGGCACGUGUGAGCGCCGGUUUGAAACGUGACAGGCAGUGAGUCAGACAGACAGAGAGAGAGAGAAACACAUACACACAUCCUGAAACAGACAAGCGAUCAGGAUAGCAUUCAACGACGAUCUUCACGGAAUAAAAUAAAGACUCAAAAGUGAAGGGAUAACAACCCACAUGAUCACCCUUCGUCACCAUCUUCAUCCGCAAAGGUGCUGUCAUCAUCGUCAUCAUCAUCAUCGUCGUAGCCAACGACAGCUCUAAAGAUGCCCCGUUUAGAAAGGAGCAUUGACUUGACACGACAAGUAGUAGUCGGCUUUGCCGGUUAGAGGCCGGAGCCGAUCAAGGUCCUUUGCGUGCGUGCAAUCACUCGCAUCCCGCAAGCGCAACCCGCACCGGAUUGUAGUCAAAACAUUUUUAACAGCAAAGAAAAAAGCUCCGUAAACUGAGUGGCAGCAAGUGUGUAAGUCAUGGCUCCCUUACCGGUAAUAAACCUCGAGCCGAGCGAGGUGAAGGAAAUCUUCUGGACCAAAGUGAAAGAGCCUACAUCACAGCGGAAGCUGAUCCUGGUGAUCGUCUCCAUCGCGCUCCUUCUGGACAAUAUGCUGUACAUGGUGAUCGUGCCCAUCAUUCCGGACUAUCUGCGGUACAUUGGCACGUGGGGUCCGGAAGAGGCGUACAACGCGAGCGCUCCGACGACAGUUUUCACACCUCACUCACAUGCUCAUCACGGUCAGGACACGGCCACCGGCGUAUUGUUUGCGUCGAAGGCUAUCGUCCAACUGAUGGUGAAUCCUUUCUCGGGGGCGCUGAUUGAUCGCAUCGGGUACGAUAUACCGAUGAUGAUCGGAUUGAUCAUUAUGUUCCUCUCGACGAUGGUUUUUGCGUGCGGUCGCAGCUAUAGCAUGCUGUUCUUCGCUCGCUCCUUGCAGGGCGUAGGUUCCGCAUUCGCCGAUACUGCCGGACUUGCGAUGAUAGCUGACCGAUUCACAGAAGAAGCAGAGCGUUCGAAAGCCCUCGGAAUCGCACUAGCGUUCAUCAGUUUUGGCUGUUUGGUCGCACCCCCUUUUGGUGGAGCCUUAUAUCAAUUCGCCGGAAAGGAGAUGCCUUUCGUAAUACUUGCGUUGAUUUCGCUGAUGGAUGGCUUUAUGCUUUUGCUUGUGAUGAAACCAAUAAAGGAAACGCUUGCGGAUAGACAAGAAGUACGACAGGAAACCGUUCCAAUUUGGCGACUGCUGCUGGAUCCGUAUAUUGCCGUGUGUGCUGGAGCACUAACGAUGUCCAAUGUUGCGUUGGCUUUCCUUGAGCCAACGAUAUCACUCUGGAUGGAGGACAAUCUAACGACCGACAACUGGAAAAUCGGAAUGGUAUGGUUACCGGCGUUUUUCCCGCACGUUUUCGGUGUUGUGAUUACAGUAAAAAUGGCUCGUUUAUAUCCCGAGAAGCAAUGGCUAAUGGCAGCUGGUGGACUCGCACUAGAAGGCCUUUGUUGUUUCAUACUGCCCUUCAGCAGCUCCUACAUCGUACUGAUGAUCCCUAUCUGCGGCAUAUGUUUCGGAAUAGCGCUGAUCGAUACGGCCCUGCUUCCAACACUCGGGUAUCUGGUGGACGUUCGGUAUGUUUCCGUUUACGGCAGUAUUUACGCAAUAGCCGACAUAUCGUACUCGAUAGCGUACGCAGUUGGACCGAUCAUCGCGGGUGGAGUAGUCGAAGCGAUCGGUUUUACCGCGCUUAACUUCGGCAUCGCUUUCAGUAACCUGCUGUACGCACCGGUUCUCAUGUAUCUACGUAACAUCUACGACUUCAAGCACUUCGAAAACGAAGCCAACAUAUUGAUGGGAGACCCGCCAACCAAGGAGUAUCAAACGUACACAAUGCACGAUCAGCAAGCGGUUGGCAUGGAGCAUAAGAAUCACCUGGAAUAUGGAAGACAGUACGACGAAAGUGGCUAUCAACAGCAGCAGGAAACCAACAUCGAUCAAAGCGGGGGAUACUCGCAAAACGGUAGCUACCAAAAUGAGGGUGGUUAUCAGAACUAUCAACCCGGCUAUCAAGAGCAGGGUGGAGCUUACCAGCAACAGCAACAGCAACCGCCAAGACAUCUUCCACAGCAACCACAGGUGGCCAAUCCUUUCCGGCAGCAGCAACAGCAGCAACAAGAGCAGCAACGGCCAGCGGCACCUUCACAGCCACGGAUCUCGAAUCCGUUCAGGCAAGGAUUCUAAAGUAUGUUCGUUAUUUUAUUGAACCAACGGUUCACAAGUCUUGCGUUUGUUUCCGUUGAAUUACGCAAAGAUUAUCUUAGAAGAUUGUGAAUUGAGAGAGAAAAAGAGAGCGCGAGCGAAAGAACAAUCGGAGAGUGUGAAAAGCAGUUCAAAACUGAAGCAGGCGGUGCGUGGUUUGCAGUUACUCGAUUUAAAACAAAACUGUUGAGCAUAGAGUUUAGUUGCUAGGUGUUGAGAAUUCAAUUCUGUACAAGCUUCUGCUACAAUAUCGUAUAAUUGUAACGUUCUGACACGAACACUACGAGAGGCGUAUCGAAGAGGUAUAAGCGAAACUAAUCUAGCAUACAUCGGAGAAGGCGGAGGAUUCUAGCGUUUAAGGUGAUAGAUCGGUAAGAUUUGAAAGAAAACCAAAAAAAAAGCCGCACUAGAUAUAACCCCGCUCGGCCGGACCUGCAUUAAUAUCGUAGACAUAUCAAAACAAACACACGUCCCAGCAUUACCGUAUCAAUUCGGAGGAUGUUUGGAUGUGUUAUUCUCGGUUUUUAAAUGCUUUUGUUUGCCGACGGUUCUUCGGCACUAUCGUUUUUAUCAUAACAUAAGACACAACCAAGGUAACGAUACAUAUCAGAGCUUGUGCUCGCCUGAUCUUACCAAAGUGAUAUUAUAUGAAAAUUAUUACUUUUAGCGUUAGGGACAGUAUAAAUAUUGAAAUUUUACCUAUACCGAAUGGUCCCCGCCUAGCGUAGGACGUAGUUCCAUUUAUCGGGCGCGUUCGAAAGUGCGGGACCAGCCGAAAUAUCAUAUCUAUCAUAUACAGUUUUACUUAGCGUUUAAGCAGGUAGGUUCCGCGUACUGUACGUAAUUUACGCAGCGUGUAAACUCCGUUAACACUGUACAACUCGAAUCUUUGUGUAAAUUAUUCCUUUUUCGGUUCAACAACAAGUGUGAAACAAAGGAAAACGAUCUCUAAUGAUAUCAAUUAAAAUAGUUAAAACCAAGUGAAAAGUGUGCACGCGAUUCCAGCCGUGCACGCGAUUUCGAAUAUUAUUAUACAGAAAUAUUAUCAUAUUCACAUUAAAUAUACAUAGAGCUAAACGAGAUGUAUUUAUUAAGCCACAGAUGCAGACUUCUACAAAAAUAUCGCAGCCAUAUCAGCUCUACAUGAAACAAAUUAACAGAAGACCUUAAGAAGAUGAUAAGUUUGAAGACUGGUAAGAUUUACGUUGCUUUCGAGGCACUAUACAUUAUAUACAGAUAAAGAUACGUUUUGUCGCUUCGCUAGUAGAUCGUAGUAAACAGGUAUUCAUUGUAUAGAGGAAAGAAAACAUAGCAUUGUAUUCAUCUUGUAUAGCUAAAAAAACUUCAGACGUUCAGACGGUCCGUCGUGCCCCUUGGAAAACAAAACUAAAUACAAAGACGUGUAAAUUACGCAAAAGUGCGUGCUAUAAUCGGUACCGAUCGCUGCAGACGUUCUGGGACUCACUCUAGUUGAAACAAUUACAUACAAUUAAAAAUAAUCAUGUGCUAAUGGAUGCCAGCGAAUCACGUGCGGUCGGUGGGAGGGGGAGAGACAAUGUUAUUCACAUUAGUACCAGCUGUAGUUUUACAUCCACAUCCUGUUGAUACUGCACACUGUUUAUGUUUGUUUGAUCAGGAAGCACAGAAUGACCGUGAACGAAGUGACGACCUUAUCUGAUAUUGACGAGGUAUUUGCUAAUUUACUCCCUUUAACGGAGAGUGAACACUGAAGGUUCCUUCUUUUGACGUCUUCAACGUGAAACGAGACGGAAUCCAAGCAUGGAAGGACUGAUAACUUCCUCCUGCAUACUACCGCAUUUCAGGACUGCCUCAUAGAAUAUAAUUAAUUUUUAAACUAACCUGCAGUUAUUCAUUGUGAAACUGCAUCAGUUUACACAUUUGAUUUCACCGUGAAACUUUUAGAACGUUUCAAUCUCGCUAUUUUACACAUCGCUAUUUUCUCUCUCUCGGUGUUGUUUACAUUUUCGCGCCGGUUGCGACUAGAACAUGUUCCACAAAUACCGGCACGUAAGAGACGCGUUACUACUCAAACUAAGAACACUUUUCUCUUUACACUAAUAAACAGCGCUAUCGUAACUAAUUUUCGCGAAAAAUCGGCCGAAAUGGGCUAAAAUCUGCUUCUAAAGUGUAGCGCCUUGCUAAAUUCCGGAUUUUGCUUUUUUUCUAGUUUGAAGUCAACUGCGUGUGUCAAAUUUUAUGCCCGUGUUGUCAGCACUGCCAGCAGUAGGCUGCGCUUGCAUAUAGAAAUGUUCAAAUUGUUAUGAUUCAGUUGAAUUUUAUGGACUCAGAAAUAUUGAAAAUUUGGUAACCAUGUACUGUAAACCGAAUGGAAGAGAGCUGAAUUUUUUACCCCAUAAAUGCCUGACGGGGUACUCGGGUACCCAAUAUUUGUAAUUCUUCCAUCCAAUAUCCAAUAUGGUUAUUUUCAGAACCGGGAUGAUUUCAAAAGACCGUAAAACGACACCCGACGCCAUUUUGAAUUAUAAACUGGCGGCCUCCAGUAUCUGAAAAAGAACCAAAAUUGACCGAAUACCAUCGUAUAUGGAUAAUUGCAACUUCAGACGCAAGAAUUUACCAAAAACCAGCUCAUAAGAGUAGUUCCAGAAUAGGGACGAUGUCUGGAGACCUGAGAAAGACCACAGAGGCCGUUUUCAAUUUCAAAAUGGCGACUUCCGGUAUUUUCGGGAUCGGGCUGCUACCCAGAGACCUCAAAACGACACCAGACAAACCGGAAAUCACCACCUGGAAUUUCAAACUGGCGUGUGAAAUUGAUUUCCGGUCUCUGGGAAUGAUCCCGAUUCCGAAAAAACCCAACUUAGGUGGUGCUCGGUCUUUUUUCCAGAAUCCGGAAGUCGCCACGUUGUUAUUAGAAAUUGCCGCUAGGGUCGUUUUCAGGUCUCUUGACAUCAUUCCGCUUCCGAAAGUACUCAUAUAAGGUCAUUUGGUCAUUGGUUUGGUCAGUUUUGACUGUUUUUCAGAAACCGGAAGUCACCAUCUCGAAGUUCAAAAAGACAUCUACAGUGAUUUCCGGUCUAUGGGCAUCAUCCCGAUCCCGGAAAUACCCAUAUUGGUCAUUUUUGGUUCGUUACUAGAAACCGGAAGUUGCCAUUUUUUAAAAUUCAAAAUAGCCUCUAGGUCGUGUUAAGGUCUCUGGACAUCAUUUUGAUUCCGAAACUACUCAUAUGAGGUGGUUUUUAGUCAAUUUCAGUUGUUUUCCAAAAACUGUAAGUAGCCAUCUUGAAUUUCAAAAUGGCGUCUGGAGUUCAUUUCAGGUCUCUGGAAAUACCUAUAUUCGAUGAUAUUCGGCCAAUUUUGAUUUAUUUUCAGAAACCGGAAGUCGCUAUUUUGAAAUCUAAAAUGACCAAUAAAGUCGUUGCAGGUUUCUGAACAUCAUCCCAAUUCCGGAAAUACUCAUGUGAGGUGUCAAUUGUAAUUGCAAUACCAAUAAUAUUUUGAAAUAUUCAUAAAAAUCCUCAGUUCGGGAACAUAUCUCCGAAAAAACGGAUUCUCGGGAAUGGGAAAACUCUUUCAGAACACCGCUAGCAUUUUAAAGUAGUUAUCUACGUUGCUGAAUCUUUUAGUACUAAAACUAUUAAAAUCGGAUGAAAAUUGUCGAAGUUACAAAAGUUUCAAUUUGUGGGUACCCGGGUACCUCAUCGGACAUGUGAGGGUGUUUUUAUGUCUAGCGGUUCACAAUGAUAGAAUAAUGCUUGGAUUCCGUCCCGUUUCACCUUAAACUGUGAUACCUGUUAAGUAAAGCACUACAAACUGAUCAAAGCAUGACUAACCAAGGUAUCCGAUUAUUUCACGGAACAUGUGCCCUGGUGCCAAAAACAUAAGAUUUGCUUUGAAAUAGUAGUUGUUCUAUCACAAUUUCCACGUACAGUUUCGAGCUAACAGAAGAUUAAGAAGUCCUCUUUUGAUAAUUUUUCUUGCGCGUGCAUGCAGAAUUGACAACAAUCAGUGAUUUGUGUAUUGACGUGUUUAACUUCCAACAUUUUAGACCUCUUUGAUGGAAAACUGCAAGACUUAUCGUUAAUAUCUUUAAAGAAAAAGAACAGUCAGAAAUUGGUCGUCAAUUCGCAUUCGGACACUCAAACAGUAGACAGACUAAAAAGUAUUCAAGUGAUUUACAAUGAUUGUAGCAGUAAAGAAAGAAAAUAGAUAAGACUGUGAUCAAAACAGAAUGAAUUCCAAUUCCUGCACAUAUCAAUGGCUGCACCCCGUGAUUGAUCCAAAUCAGUAAAAUUUCACAGUGAAUCAACCGAAUGGGGCUGGCAGAGACCGAUCAUUCUCAUUGUACAAGUUUUAGUGACUCAAUACUUUAUUUAAGGGUCAAUAAUGACGCCGGCCACGUUCUUGCAAUCAGCUGAGAAAAGGGAAGGGGUGUUAACGUGACCCUUGCUAUUUGGAGACCAUGUUAACCUCUGCAUCUCCACAAAGGCCACAGGAAGGAGGUUUUUGUUAGUAGGGAAGGGUAAGUUGGAUCAGGAUUCACUCUGAUAAGUAUUGCGAUCAUGUAUAUAAUUUAGAGCCGAUUCUAUUGAACUAUUUUCGGUUUAUUCUCCGUUCAGUCGGCUGAUUGGACAUACACAAAUUUGUGGGGUUUACUGGAGAGGACUUCAAGUUGUCAUAUUUUAUUUUCAGAACCGAAGUAAACCCGCAAACAUUAAAUUUAUUGUUGGGACCACACAUGAGUGUGUGUACGGUUAGUCUAGUAAAUAUCAAAGUUGUAUGAGAAUUCUAUGAUUUAAAUCCGGUUUAAACCAAUAUGAGGAGAUGUUGUUGGGGCCAGGCCCACGUGUGCGUGCUUCGUAUCAUAAAACAUACAAAUUUGUACUAUAUUUGAAUGGGUUAUAUCUCGAAUCGAAAAAAAAGAUAUUAUUUGAAUCGCAAAUAAGAGAAGUCACACGGAAUGGUAUAUUGUUACAUUGUACCGUUAGUCUUUCAGGAUAUCAGUCAGUUGUAUUUGAGUAAUUAUACUGGGUUAAAUUAUAACAACGCGUGCAAAAUCUGUUAUAAACCGACCACAGCGAGUGUAAACUUGAACGCGUUGAACGAAUCCGCUGGCGUAUGUGUAAAUGAACUAAAUCAACUAUUGAAUCCAGAAGUAGACAAUGUUCCGUGCAUUCUAAGCCUAAAAUUUAAAAAAAAAAUACAUAUAUGCAUAUGAAACAAAACAGAAGUUCUUUCAAAUGCCAAAUAUGUCAUUAUUAGCGUACCAUCGUGGGUUCACGAAACUUCGAAUUAGUCACUCAAGAACCAAUAUUUGUUCAAAAGCUAGAAAAAUCAUGAAAUGAAACUUUACAAAAUACCCACAAAAUUAUGUCAAAGUUUUAGUUAUUCGAAUCUUGAAAAUUUUAAAAAAGAUUCUAGAAAACUAGCUUAUAUUUAAUUAAUAUUUCACCGAAGAUAGAAAAAAUCUACUCAAGAUCUGAAAAAGAACCACUGAAUCACUAAGCAAAAUUAUCAAUGAACGUUUUCGUAAAUAUAAACACAAUGUACUUAUCUUAUACAUCGAGUCAGCACUCAGCGGACAAAGCAUUCCGUUACUUUUUUUCACCACUCGCACAUAAACAAGUACAAUACCGUUUCCUGCGCUCCGCCACCGGAUGGAAUGGCUGCUUCCAGGAAUCAUCAUUAUGCAAUUUUAAUGGAUCAUUUCUGGUACAACGUUGACUAAUCUUCAGACAUUCAUGAUUGCAGGCUCCAAUAAAAAAUCAGUGUUUCAGUCACGUCUUUCCUCACGAAAAAAAUCCACGCGAUAAACGAAAAAAAUCCACGCACAACAGCGAAGAACAUGGGGAUUGAAAUUCCAUCCAAGUUCUUAAGCACUUUAGCACGAUAAACCGGAAAAUAUUUGCGAAUUUUCUAGAAAUACACAAAAAAUCGCAAGUAAAAACUCUUCUCUUUUACAUCCACUCGCGGUCGCAGCUUGCGGCGAUAUUCCUUCCUGGAAUUUGACCUUCUGUUUAUUCAACACAAACUUUGCAGCAGGGUUGCCACUAGGUUUUAAAUAAAAUCUGGCAAAACGAAAAUAAAAAGUCUAGCAAAAAUCUGGCACUCAUUUCCGGAUAAAAAUCCUGCCAAAAUGUGGAGUGAUGACCUUUCUAUCUCGCCGGGUGUAGGUAGCUUAAAGCCGGUCACGACUCAUCUCGCAAUGAUGAUCUAUUUGCGAGACGGCGCGAAUGAAAUCUGGUAAAAACCUGGCUAUUUGUCAAAUAUCUGGCAGAUUCUGGAGUUUAUCUGCUUGUCUUGAAUCAAUUUAAAUUCCGAAUUUGUCAUUUAGAUAUUGACAGACUGUGUGAUCGUAAAUGAGAUCGUACGAUUUUUUAUGUUACCCGAAGUGUGUUUUAUCUCGAUAUUUUAGUGAAUUUUAUUUCGUGAUGAAUAUCGGUUUUAAGUCGGGCGUGAAGUUAAAAGCAAACCAAUUAAAAAAAAGUAUUUUCAUGGAUCAAAUAGAUAGUGACUUGUGCUCAUCGGAUACUCGUAUCACACCGAAUAUCGGAUACUUAUAUGCACGAAACAAAGUACUGAGACUUCUCACAGCUACAAGAUUGUCUAAUGGAAAUUUUUCCGUGGGUCCAUAAAGAAAACGGGACCAAAUUCUUGCUUACAUUAAACCAAAAGCAAACCCCAAUAAACGGGAACAAUAUGCCCCAAAUAUGUUUAAUGGUUAUUGAUGAUGUGGAAAUGUUUUCGUCACAGGUUCGAUAUAAUUUCAGUGCUGCAAGAAAAAUUUCUUCAUUUGACAGCUCGUUUUGCACGCAAAAAAGUUAAAACAAAACAAAAGAAAUAUAAGUUGUCGAAUGUUAGUUCAACGGGAAACAGUAAGAAAAUAAAUCACUUGAAUACUUUAGGCAAGCAGACAUUUAAUUUCCCCUAAACACACACUAAUGAACAGAACAUGAGAAAAUUUUGUCGCACAAAUGUUAACUGUUUUGAAAAUGCGUGGAAAAUUAUCCCGUGAAAAUAGUUAGGCGUUCUUUUCCAACAAAAAAGACAUGAAAUAUAACACUGGAAAUAGAUAGAACAUAAGAUUUAAAUAAAUAACGAAAGCAAUAUCACUAAAAAUUAUGUAUCCUAAACGAAAAAACCGUUUUAUUUAGAGCGAUACUACAGCUAUCUAACAAGAGAAAAUAGUAAUCCAUAUGCUAGAGUACACAAAACUAAGCCCAUGACACGAUUUAUUUUUUAGUUACUAAAAGUUUUCGAAGCAUUGAUUGAUCAUUUUGAUUUGUCAGUGAUGCCAGCCAACCAAUUUGCUUCAAUAACGGUUGGCAUCGCUAGAAUGUGGAAGAUAUGGAAUCCCAAACGACUUUUUGACUCCUUCUUUAUAAUUGUUUUUAAAAAAAUCCUCAAAAUUUUGCGAAAAAAAUGUUUUAAAUGCUAUAAAGUUGAAUAAAAAACUUUUUGUUUGUGUCUCAGCAAUCUUAAUGGAAAUUAUAACGUAUUUUCGUUUCAUGUUUCUCGCGUAAAAAGAUUGAAAAUAUAAAAAAAAACUUUUUUAUAGCUGUGCCUAGAUGUUUACUAUCAGAAUGGAAAAUAAAUGCUCUUUAUUGUUUUGUCAUUUCGUACAGUUAAUGAAGGCGAAACUCAGAAUAGAUAACACAUUAUUCACCAUCAUCUUACAAUGACCAACUGCAAAACUCAGCAAACUAUAUCAAUACAGUUACUCAUCCACAGUGUGCAGCACCAUAAAUGUCUUACGAAUUCGGAAGCAAAAGGUUAGGUAUUACUCAUUGAUUUCCGGUGUAGAACAUCUGUACUGCUCAUAGCAAGCAUUAAUCGAAAUUAUCAACGUUACAGUUUUUGUUACCAUACUGAAUCGAAGUAGCUCUGACUUUCUAACGUAAAAAAAUACCCACCAAUCAUCCUUAUCACCUUAUGAAUUUUCAAAAUUUUUAUUGAUAAAUGCGUUCUAAUAUCACAACGACUGAUAUGUUACUAGUGUUUAAUUUUGUUCGCAGAGAUAUUAAAAAAAUGUGUAUCUAGAACAACUAGAGAUUGUAACCAAAUCCAAAUAAAACUACCUAAGAAUAGUGUAUAAGUGAUGUUAAUCGUGACUUAAUAGAUAUACAACUAAAACAGAUCAACACUUGUUAGAAUGCAAACCAAAAAUUAGAUGCUGCAAAAAGGUAAUGGCACAUAUCUUAACUAUCUCAUAGAAACAACCAGUAAAACAAUACUUGAGCACAUUAAAGGAAUAUAGUAUUCAUCCGGACACACACUUCACUCGUACUCAGUUCUCCUCAUUGCAUAUUUUGUUCACCCUAACGUACUAAUCUAUCCAAACUGAUUGAAUCAUGUUCCCUUUUCUCUACAAAAUGUGUAUUUAUCCAUCAAUCAACUGAACGCCAUCUAUCGCUCAGUACUACAAAUGCCCUCUUUAUGUAUGAAACUCCGCCUAUAUUUCACGCACAGACUAAGCUAAUGUAAUUAUUUGUAAAGUUUCACGUUUCCUAUCUAACCCAAAGUGUAGUUAAUUCCACGUUUAAUUACUAGAUGACAUGUAAAUGAUAAUAAAUUGAGUCUUAAAUUUUAAGGUGCCGGCACGUGUAAUAUUACUGUAGUUUAAUCGCAGAGCUGAAUUUCUCUAGUUCACCUAUGAAGAAGACUAGAGACGAUGCGAAAUAGUGGUAGGAAAUAUAUGCUCGAUUUAGUGGAGUAACGAAACCAAUUCGUUAAACGUUUUGUUAGCUGUUAUCUGUUGUUACCUAUUUUUCACACUGCUUGACCGAAUCUAUUUCCAAGCGAGCAAGCAACACUUUUCGUUCGAUAAAUAAUAUCAAUUAUAGAGCAGCAAUUUCAACGUUAUCAUGUGCAGCAAACAUUAUUGUAUAUCAGACAAAAAAGUAUCCCACCCCGCUCCCGAGAAAUGCAAUUACAUUGUUAAACGACAGAAUUUGGGUUCUCAUGUUUAGAUUGAGUGAAAUUACUCAUCACACUCAUCAAUUCUGUUGUGGAACGCAAGAUAUCACCGUAACUUACACAAACCACAAAACGAGUAAAAUAAGACAGUUCUAAAUAUGUCACUCAAUAUCAAACGUAGUUGUUCUUGAAACGAGUCGAUAUAAAGCAAAAAAUCACAAAUUAAACCAAGUUAUAAUUGUAUUAUUAUCAAAUUAGAAUAAAGAAUGAAAAAAAAAACACAACAUAACAAAGCAGAACACACAGUAUGCAAGUAUGAAUCAGCUAGACCAAAAAGUGCGUCCCGCGUCUCUAGAGAACACACUACUGCGUUCAGCAGGAGAAAGAGACGACAACACAGAAUACGAUUAAAGCAGAGUGAAUAAGUAUAGAAAUAAAAGUAUAGUUCAAAUCAAAA